UAACAAAACAUACACACCAUAACGCACAAUUCCAAAAAACAGCAACACCAACACAACACUCUCUCGCGCCGUUGUAAGCAGUGAGGCAGCGACGCAGCGCCGUGAAUCCUGAGAAAACCACCGUAUCAAUCAACUUCCGAUUCAAAUUACAGUUACCGAAGAUGACUCGUCCGAAAGCAAACUCGAAGAAACAGCGUGGCGGCGGCGUCGACUUCAAGAAAAUAAGGCGAAAGAUUGGGAGGAAACUGCCACCGCCGAAGAAUACAACGAAUACUGAAAUUAAAUCCAAAGCAAUUGUUCUGCCGGAGCAGAGUGUAGCAGCAGAGAAGACGGGUUUAGCUGUAAACAAGAAAGGUUUGACAUUAAAAGAACUUCUUCAGCAAACAUCUCAUCACAAUGCAAAAGUUCGUAGAGAUGCAUUGACGGGCAUUAAGGAUUUAUUCAACAAAUAUCCAGCAGAACUGAAGUUGCACAAGUAUGCUGCUGUAGAGAAACUUCGUGAGCGCAUUGGUGAUGAUGAUAAAGUGGUCCGGAAAUCAUUAUAUGAUCUUUUUAAACUGGUGAUUUUACCUGGCUGUAAAGAGGAUAAUCAAGAGCUGAUCACUUCUUUAUUGAUGGCUUACAUUUUCAAUGCCAUGACACAUUUGGCGGUUGAAAUUCGGAUCAUGGCAUUUGAUUUCUUAGACCUUGUUCUGGACUUUUAUCCUCCCUCCUUUUCUUCUAACGCAGAAAAGGUUUUUCAAAAUUAUGAGGACAUUCUUAGGAAGAACAAGUACUAUUUACAGGACAAAGGAAAACUAAAAGAUGCUCUUACUGGGUUGGUUCGCUGCUUGUCACUCCUUCCAUGGAAUAAAGUAGAAACUGAUUUGCAUAAUAAGGAUGAUACUGGAGAAAGGGUAUUGCAUGCUUUUGAAGCUGAUAUGUCUAUGAACUCUAUUGGUAUUUCUCAUAUCAUACAGAAACUGAAGGAUCUAGUGCCAGUAUUAGUAAAUAGUUUCCAGGAAUUUAUUCAAUCUGCUCAUGCUAUGGCAAGUCUUGAAGGGAAGUCUUUUAGUUGCAUGUCUUCCAUUCUUCGUAGUAUAGAUCUUAUAGUCAGGUCCUUUGUUUAUGGGACUGAUACGAAGUCGGAAUCUCCAAGUUCUCAAGGUGGUGCCGAUGUGGCUGCAUGGGAUAUUACUAUCUCUUCUGCACUGCUGAAGAAAUUAUUUCCACUUUUCCCCCUCAAUCCAGUGCAUCAUCUUUCAGAAAAGGAUGAUGAUAAGUUGCUUGACUUGAACAUGGCCAUUGCAAAGAUAUUUUUUGAAAUAAAUGAAUGGAUCUGUCUUCCACCUGAUUUGUUGGAUAAAUUUCUAGAAUUUUUGGAAAAUGCACUGCUUGGGAAGUUCUGCAAAGUUGCACAGUCUGGUAAGGCUGUCUGGGAAAAGCAUCUAGUUGAGCUCAUUUCUUUUAUUCCAAAAUUUGUUUCACGUGGGGCAAGCUACUGGACAUCUCAUCUUCUUCAGGCAUUUACCCAGACAUUCAGGGAAAGCAAGCCAGGUUCCUUAUUGAAAUUGGCCUGUCUUUCUACAAUUGAAGAUAUGCUAACUCCUAUCCAAAGCCUGCUUUCCCUGGAGGCAAGCAAUGCAGAAAAUUCAGAACUUCAAGAUUCUUUAGUUGCAUGGAUUAGGGAGCUCCCUCUGUUGCUGAUCCAGCUUGGAGAUAAACGCCCUGACUGCUCCUUGAUUGUAUUACGGCUUCAACUUCGCAUUGGACAAUGUGCUUUAUUGAAUUCAUCACUUGUUUGCAUGUAUGACAACAUGCAGUACUCGUUGCAAGAUUUUUAUUGUACAUAUCAAGAUGGAGGACAGAUAUGUUAUGGACCUUUUCUUAGGCUUCCUAGAGAAUCUCAAGAGAUCUCUUUGUGUUGCCUUUACUAUUUCUCUUAUUUGGACUUCCCUUUUCUAAAGUCAAUAGCUUGUUGUGGCCUAAGUCCUGAUCUAGAUCCUUGCGUAUUAUUUCGGAUCAUAGAGAUUCUCCAUUCUGCAUAUAGAGCUGGACAUAUUAAAAUUGCAGAUUACUUGAGUGUCUUCAUUACCUUGGUCUUGCGUUUCAAAGUUUCUCCUGAAGUUCAUUCUUCUGGUUUAAAGACUGGUGCACCCUGCCAAACUUUGAAGUCAAUGACGGCUACUAUAUGCUCAUACAUUGCACAACUGGGUGACAACUCUCUUGUUCUACAGAUGAUAGAGAAAGUGAUAAUUGAUCAGAUACCGCUAAAGCCUUCUUUGGAUAAUAGUUGUUCUCUCCUAAGAAUGCUUGUCACAGUCGAUUCCAAGCCCACCAGGCUUUCUGGAAAAAGCAUUAUAACUCUAGGCCAUCAACUUCCUGAAUAUCUCAUGGAUGUGGUGCAGUGCAUUCCAGAAGAUGAUGUUGAGCAGCACACACCUUCCGGUCGAUCAAGUACCCUGUAUUAUCUCCUACCUUGUUUUUUGUUGUUUGAUCGGUGCCAUCAACUUAUGAAUCUUGUGUUGAAGACAAUGGGAUCAACUAUAGGUGAAAGUAGUUUAUUGCCGAUGUCUGAUAAUGGCACUCAAAAUAAAAGGAACUGCUUGAGUAGGGUAAAAGCUUUCUCUUCUGCACUUGUGUUGAUGCACAAGGAUGUUAAACUGCGACAGAUUAUGUCUGAAUUCAAGGAAGACAUUGAUAACAUCAUCCAGAAAGUUCAUUCUUUACAGUCAUCAGAGAAAAGUAUGAAAAUUGAAGAAAGGCAUGAAAUACAAUGUGCAUUUGAACGACUGAAAAUCUUAACGAGAUGACAAUGGUCAAGAGGAUGUUUUGGAGUGAGAAACUGGUUAGUGCAUUGUUGGCAACUCUAUUGUCAAAUUGACGUGCAGAAGGACUUAAACCGGCUUUAUGGCGACUCUGGGUUGGAACUUGUUAAGGAGAAUGUUAUCAGCUUUGAUAGUGGAACUCGGUAUCCUGAACUGCCUACCUACUUUCCCCUCCGCUAUGAGGCCUGCUAGUUGGCAGUUUGUUUCAUGCGGAGAAAUGUAAAUUUUGCCUCCAAUUUUUUAUAAUGAUGUUUUAUCAGUUAGAUUCAUUGUUUUUAAUUAAGUGAUAGGAAUAGUUUACUUCCAUGACUUCUGUCUUGGUCCUUGAACAGCCGGGUUGCCAAAAUUUUGUUACUAUAUCUGCGACCACAUGAGUUCAUGAAUUGAAUCAAAUCAAUUCAACACACGAUACCAAUGUUUUAUAUAAACCCAUGAAUCGUAAAAAAUGUCAGGAAUUGCAUCG